UGUCGGGAGAGAGCUGUCCGAAUGUAAACCUAGCAAUAUGGCGGCUCACGGGACGGAGCCCAGAGCCUGGGAAUGUCUCAGGAUAAAAUAGUAGUUGUUCAUCAUAAUGUGGCGAGGCUAGCGCGCGCAAAGCUUGCCCAAACUCUUUCUGAAAUGGCAGCGGAGGGCGGACUGGCGCUGUGGGGGUCUUUUGGGGCGCUCCUGUUCCUCCUGACGUUCGGCCCCUUCGCUGUGUUUUACCUCCCCCUCUACCUCUGCUGCUUCAUCACCGGAGGGCUUGCUGUCACGCUUUUAUUUGGGAAGACGAGCUCGGAGAAGCACCUGGAAAGGUGCCUGCAGUCCUUCCUGCCCUCUACACAGCCGGGAAUACGCAAGGUUGUGGAGGAGAUGAAGGCGGAGUCCAGUACCAUAAAGAUUGACAGAAGACUGACGGGAUCCAGUGUCAUUGAUGAGCCAUUACAGCAGGUGAUCCAGUUUGCUCUCCGGGAUUAUAUCCAGUACUGGUACUACACUCUGGGCAACGAUGAGAACUUCCUGCUGGAGAUCCAGCAGACUGUGCAGACUGCCCUGGUCCAGCUUUCAGCACGGUCCAAAGAGGUGGACUGGCAGACGUACUUCACCACGCGGCUGGUGGACGACUUCGCCGCUCACCUGCGCGUGUUCCGCAAGGCCCAGGUGUGGCUCGGCGAGAAGGAGGACAGCCAACGUGAGGCCCCAGAGGACCUGCUGGAUGCAUUUUUUCAGGCGGAGGUGGAGAUGGAGAGGAAGAUCUGUAGAGAUGUGGUGUGCACUGUUCGUAAAGAGGAGGAAGGCUUCCUCAGGGAUCUGUGUGAGGUGCUGCUUUACCUGUUACUGCCCCCAGAGGACUUCCACAAUAAGAGCAUGAGAUACUUCAUCAGGGAAGUACUUGCACGGGGAGUUCUGCUGCCUCUGGUCAGCCAACUGAGUGAUCCAGACUAUAUCAAUCAGCUAGUGAUAUGGAUGAUCGGAGACUCCAGCUGUAAUCACGAAGCCUUCAUGUCCAUCCUGAAGCUGACGGACUGGCCGGCCGAGCUGGAGGCUGUGAGAGACAAAGUGCUGGAGGAGCUGCAGUACCUGAGAUCCCUGGAUACAGCUGGAGACGACAUCAACAUGAUCAAGAACCAGAUCAACAGCUUGCUGUUCGUUAAAAAGGUCUGCGAGGCUCGCAUUCAGAGGCUCCAUUCAGGAAAGGAUGUGGACUCGCUCAAGCUUGCUGCUAACUUGGGGAAGCUGUGCGUCAUUCCACUGGAGCACAUUCUGGUGCACAACAUCGCCCUGCACUUCUUCAUGGACUUCAUGCAGCAGGUGGGGGGGCAGGCGGACCUGUUCUUCUGGCUGACAGUGGAGGGCUACCGUGUCACUGCGCAGCAGCAGCUGCAGGUGCUGCAGGUGGACGGCAGGAAGCGGAGCGGGCAAACCAGAGGGCUGCUCAGGGCCUCCGCGCAGGGCGUGUACGAGCAGUACCUCUCUGAGCAGGCGUCUCUGCAGGUGCAGGUGCAGCAGGAGUCGGUGCAGAAGCUGGCGCAGAAGCUGCAGACGGAGGAAGUCACGCCCGAGAUCUUCAAUGACAUUCAGAGGAAGGUGUUCGAGCGCAUGCUAACAGACGAGCGGUUCUACCCUGCGUUCAGGCAGAGCGCGCUGUACGUGCGCAUGCUCGCCGAGCUGGACAUGCUGAAGGAGCCGAGCUACCGUGGCUCUGACGACGGUGACGCAGAAUCGUUCAAUGGAUCCCCAACAGGAAGUUUAAACCUGUGCUUAGAUGACCUCUCUAAUACCAGCUUUGAUGAGUCCCUGCAGCUCUGUGCCUUCAUAUCAGACACCGGUGUGUGUAAUGACCACGGGAAGACAUACGCUCUCUACGCCAUCACUGUGUUCCGGACGAAUCUGGACGGCAGCGAGGACUCCUGGAAGACCUACCGUCGCUAUAGCGACUUCCACGACUUUCACAUGCGCAUCACGCAGCAGUUUGAGAGCCUUGGUGCCAUACUGAAGUUGCCUGGGAAGAAAACCUUUAACAACAUGGACAGAGACUUUCUGGACAGGAGAUGGAAGGACCUCAAUACUUAUCUACAGCUCCUGUUAAACCCAGAGAUGGUGAAGUCGUGUCCGAGUCUGACUCCUUACAUAAAUGAUUUCCUGGAGAACAAGGCUUACAGCAAAGGGAAAGGCGACUUUGCCCGCAAGAUGGAUACCUUAGUGAACCCCCUGCGCACCUCUAUGAGGAGUGUGUCCCAUGUGAUGAAGUCUUUACCGGACAGCCUGGCCGAGGGGGUGACCAAAAUGUCCGACAACAUGGGGCGUGUGUCAGGGAGGCUGGGCCAGGACAUCAAGCAUUCCAUAUUCAAGGUGCCCCCUCUCAUCCCAAAGACUGGCAUCGACCCAGAGCACUGCCGCAUGUCAGCACAGCUGGACGACAACGUGGACGAGAACAUUCCCUUGCGUGUGCUGCUGCUGUUGAUGGAUGAGGUCUUUGAUCUGAGGGAGAGGAACCAGUGGCUGAGGAGGAACAUCAAGAACCUGCUGCAGCAGCUCAUCCGAGCCGCGUAUGGAGACACCAUCAACAGGAAAAUUGUGGAUCAUGUGGACUUCAUGACUUCUCCAGAGCAGGUAGCAGACUAUGUGAAGCACUUCAGGGAUUCAUUCUGGCCGAACGGGAUCCUGGCAGAGACUCCGCCCCUCAGAGACAAAAACGUUCGAAUGAGAACCAGAGUGGCGGCAAAGACUAAACUGCUGGGCGUGAUGCCAGACGAGCUGAAGCACAUGGUGGGGGCGGAGACGGCUCGGCGGGGCGUUCUGCGCGUGUUUGACGUGUUCCAGCACCAGCAGCUGAACCGCAGGCUGGUGUAUGUGCUGCUGGAGGGGCUGCUGGAGUGCACCUUCCCCCAGUGCAGGCUGCCCGAGCUCCUCACCAAACUGCACUCCCGCUCCCCCAGGACUGCCGGCCAUGCCCACAAGAGGUGACACUGCGGCGCCGCGCCCCCCCAAGCCCUGCCCAUCCGGCCACACUCAUAAGAGGUGACACUUCAGCACCGUGUCCCCCCAGGCCCCACCCACCCUGCCCUGCCCAGACACGCCCCCCAGGCCCCACCCACCCUGCCCUGCCUGGACACGCCCCCCCAGGCCCUGCCCACCAUGUCCUCCUUGGACACGCCCCCCAGGCCCCGCCCAUCCCUCCCUACCUGGACACGCCCCCCAGGCCCUGCCCACCCAGACACGCCCCCCAGGGCCCGCCCAUCCCGCCUGCUCGGACACGCCUGUCCCAAAGCAACACUGAUGCCGACCGCUGUCCGGACAGAGGGAGUAGGCGUAAGGGGGGCGUGGCUCUUCCUGUUUUCAUUGGACUGUGGAUUGCCAUGGCAACCGGGAGCUGCACCUACUCUCUGAGUAUCUCAGAAAAACUCUACAUCACUCCUGAGGGAGGGAGAGAUAGAGAGCUUCCCUUCAGUUCAGACUGAUUAUCAGUACAGACACAACAGACACACUUCCCUUCAGUACAGACUGUAAUUACAGUACAGACACCACAGACAAGCUUCCCUUCAGUACAGACUGUAAUUACAGUACAGACACCACAGACAAGCUUCCCUUCAGUACAGACUGUAAUUACAGUACAGACACCACAGACAAGCUUCCCUUCAGUAAAGACUGUAAUUACAGUACAGACACCACAGACACACUUCCCUUCAGUACAGACUGUAAUUACAGUACAGACACCACAGACACACUUCCCUUCAGUACAGACUGUAAUUACAGUACAGACACCACAGACACACUUCCCUUCAGUACAGACUAUGAUUACAAUACAGACACCACAGACACACUUCCCUUCAGUACAGACUGUGAUUACAGUACAGACACCACAGACACACUUCCCUUCAGUACAGACUGUAAUUACAGUACAGACACCACAGACACGCUUCCCUUCAGUACAGACUGUAAUUACAGUACAGACACCACAGACAAGCUUCCCUUCAGUAAAGACUGUAAUUACAGUACAGACACCACAGACACACUUCCCUUCAGUACAGACUGUAAUUACAGUACAGACACCACAGACACACUUCCCUUCAGUACAGACUGUAAUUACAGUACAGACACCACAGACACACUUCCCUUCAGUACAGACUAUGAUUACAAUACAGACACCAUAGACACACUUCCCUUCAGUACAGACUGUGAUUACAGUACAGACACCACAGACACACUUCCCUUCAGUACAGACUGUAAUUACAGUACAGACACCACAGACACACUUCCCUUCAGUACAGACUGUGAUUAUAGUACAGACACCCACGACACACUUCCCUUCAGUACAGACGGUAAUUACAGUAUAGACACCACAGACACACUUCCCUUCAGUACAGACUGUAAUUACAGUACAGACACCACAGACAAGCUUCCCUUCAGUAUAGACUGUGGUUACAGUACAGACACCACAGACACACUACACUUCAGUACAGACUGUGGUUACAGGAUGUUAUCUCCUUUCAACGUUUUGUGCAAUAUGUGUUUCUCUUUUAACAUGUUUGUGUGUUCACUACUUACAUUCCAUUGUUUUAAUGCUGAGUUUAUUUAAGGACUCGUUUUAUACGUCGAGUUUCCGUCACUGAGCUGAGUGAUAGGAAGACUAGCCGAGUGUGUGCGUGUGAAAGAAAGUAGAUUUGAAUUUUUUAACAGCAUUUCUCUUCAUUUUUUCCAAAUUCGGUCUCAUAUCUGUAACACCUACUGGCUGCUUGAAUGUGUGCAGAAUAACCACUGCGAAGUCACUCUGCAGUCCCCCAGCUGAGCUGCGCAGUCACUCUGCAGUCCCCCAGCUGAGCUGCGCAGUCACUCUGCAGUCCCCCAGCUGAGCUGCGCAGUCGCUCUGCAGUCCCCCAGCUGAGCUGCGCAGUCACUCUGCAGUCCCCCAGCUGAGCUGCGCAGUCACUCUGCAGUCCCCCAGCUGAGCUGCGCAGUCGCUCUGCAGUCCCCCAGCUGAGCUGCGCAGUCGCUCUGCAGUACCCCAGCUGAGCUGCGCAGUCACUCUGCAGUACCCCAGCUGAGCUGCGCAGUCAUUCUGCAGUUCCCCAGCUGAAGGGGGCAUGCAUUAGUGGGCAUACCUGUCCCUUACACAGAUCCCAGGUCAGUUUGUAUUCUUAUCAAAAUUGGUUAUUGUUGGUGAGUCAUUAAGUGGCAGUAUGUUGCUUUUGGAUUUUGGUUUCUUUCAAAUGCUUUUUAGGGAAAAUGUUUUAUAAAACAGAGCCCAUAUUCAGUGUCUCUGUGCAGCGCUGUCGCCCUCUUCUGUCCAUAUACUGACACUACAGUCUGCUUAAUACUAAGUUAAUACUUGCAAUCUAUUGGUCCAGACAUAUCACAUGGGUCAUCAGGCCAAUCAGAAGACAGUGUGUGUGACAUCAGCUCGGGAGGGGCAGGCCCAUGGAGGAGGUCCUGUUGGCAGCCAAUCAGAUUGCAAGGAGAAAGCGCUCAUGCAAGCAGUAGCCAGUGUUUUUGCAACCGACCGUUGAUGAGGCGGGGUCCCUGUGCGUGUUGUAAUCGCCCUGUAAAUGCGAAUCUAUGAUUUAUGAACUCUGCCUCCAACGUACAGCCUGAGUAACUGCCUAAAUGUCCUGUCAGUUAUUUUGUUUAAGGAACAAGAGGUUUGAUCUAAAGGCCUUCGUCUUUUUUUUUUUACUGACUAAGAAAGUGUCAUUUCAGCUGCUUAAAUCAGUAGAAUGCCAAUAAAUCAACUCCUGUGGAA